CCUGUUAUCGCUCUCCUCCCUCAUCUUUGACUCACUCACUCACUACAAAUGGAUGGUUCGAUCUACUUCAACAGGAUCACCAAGGGUGCCAAGGAUCUGAUAAAAGCCGAACAAAGUGGUAAACCUAUACCUGCUAGCUUUGAUUUUGCCAAUUCGCAGAUUUGUGCUUGGUGCAAACAGAGCAUUGAACCGCCGAAGAAGCCUCUGAGGUGCUCUGCAUGCAAAGCACCCAUUUACUGCUCUGCUAAAUGCGCGAAACGCGAUUGGAAAACCCCUGCCGUUCCUAAUGCUGUUACGCACAAAGUUCUUUGUACUGACAACAAGAGACAUAUGCAAAGACUGCCUGAAGUCCAAGCCGUCCUCAAAUCCUUCCCUUGGGGGCGACUCGAAUCUGAUGGAACAUUCAGCUCUGAAAUUGCGCGUGGUCGUUUCGAUGUGCUAGGUGGUUCAGGAUAUGGAUUCUGGUCACAUCGGGGUGGCCCAAUACCCCAUCAAUUACACGGCGAUGGCGCUUUUCAGAUCGAUAAUGUGUCUCACAGCGCCCAAUUCAUUCAAACGAUGCUCAGAGCCUUUGAUCAUCUCGACGGCAGUGAUCUACUUAAAACGAGACAUCUCACAGAUGAAGAAGGUUGGAAACUCCCAAGGGAACUCAUACCGUUCCGUGAUAUCACACAAGACGCACGUAGGCCGAUGUUGGUAACUCAGUUCCAGGGAGGUGUGGUUGAUUGGGAUAGUUGGUACAGGUGGAGGAACCUUCCAAAGAUGUCACCGGCUGCGCUUUUAAUGGACUUUCCAAUGAGUGUGUACCAGAUGCUCGUUCAUUGUCUUGAGAUCACACACCCCAACGCUGGAAGCGAAAUUAAGCCCGUAAAUCUCGACAUCUACUUUUUAGGUGUGGAAGUGGAGCUGAAUUUUCUGCCUCUGUUCUCCGAAAUUGCCCUCCUUCUCCCAUACCAUAACCUCAAACUCACUUUAUUUGGUCCUGGCGUCCGCAAAUUCCUCGACGAGGCCAAGAAACAUCCAAGCUCCAUCGCUGCGAAAUCUCGCGCUUCUGGAAACCCCAUUUUCUCUUACACUGCUCCACCCGAAUGUGGUUCAUCUACUAUCAACAUUCGUCUCAGCGGCAACACCACCUGGUUUCCCAAUCCGCACACAGUACCCGAUGCUAUUGUCGCGUGUAAUGCAGGUCUAGCCUCAUAUCCUGAAUGGGUCCCUAUCAUUCGUGCCACCCUAGUCUUAUGUAUACCGUUCGCGACUACGGAGUACUGCGAGCAGUCUGCUGAAGCGCAGAGGAACUUCUUCCCGAUGCUAAUACGCGGCUCCAGGGUUUUCAUACCUCUAGACGACCAGAGUCAUAAAAUUGAACUGAAUCCAUUCCACCGUCCCGGACAGAGAGUAUUUCCUAUGUAUAGUUUACCAAAUUUGGUGAAUGGGUUCACGCUGGUGGUGUAUAAAUCCAAAGCGGUCGAUCAUGAGUUAACGGGUGAUAUUGGGAGAGGAAGGUAUACAUUGGAUGAGAUUGAUUAGUACUUGUUGUCGAUCGGAUUUUUUCCUUGAGAACCUGUAACGAAUCCUUUAAGAUGAAACAAUAUGAAUGGACACCUCAACUGUAAUGUAAUUUCACUGCCAUCUAUCCGGAUUCAGUGCUGCUCCGAGCUGGUCGAGCGACUCGGAGGUGAGAAGAGAAAGCUAAGUGCGAAAAAUAUGAUCGCUGACUUUGACCAAAGGGCUGAGGAGGGUCUUAAAUCCUGCGAUCGACGUAGAAUUGGCCAAAGUUCACCGCAACAGGAACUUAUUUUCUAUCCACUUGCUACUGCCUAACGUCAGCACCC